CUUUAGGUUGGCCCAUGAGAUUAAUUGUUACUUUACAAGUGAUCAGAUUGUUUGUUAACAGUUAAUCAAGAUGAGCUUUUUAAUUAUCUCAAUUGUUGUCAAUUGUUUUGUUCUAAUCGCUUCAGCUCAAGAUGAAGCUUCUGCUGUCGCUUCAGCGGAUUCAUUUGCUUCUGCAGUAGCUAAUUCAUCGGCUCCAUUAUCAGGUGAAUCUAAGGCUCGAACAGCCGACAAGGUUUAUAAUUCGUGUGGAACCGCUUGUCCUUUGACUUGUGCACAACCUAAACCACGAAAUUGUAUCAAAAUCUGUAAAGCUGAUUAUUUCUGCCCUCAAGGUUAUUAUGAAAACUCUCAAGGUAAAUGUGUCCUCCUAGAAGAUUGUGAUUCAGCUCCAACUCCUGUCGAUUCCACACCAAGCGAAUCAAAACCUAAUACCGUCGAAAAGGUCUACAAAGAAUGUGGAUCUCCUUGUCGCUUAACUUGUGGCAAAGCUGCACCAGAUAGUUGUAUCGCUGUUUGUGAAUCUGGACUUUUCUGCCCUGACGGCUAUUAUGAAAAUUCUGCCAAUAAAUGUGUCCUCCCUGAAUACUGUGACUCAGCUCCAACCACAACUGAGCCUCCACGUCAUUUACCAGGUCACAUUGUAUAUCGACCUCCAACCGCAGAAAAGGUUUACAGCGAAUGUGGAUCUACUUGCCCAUUGAAAUGUUCCAGUCCCAAGCCACAAAUUUGUAAUGCUCUUUGUAGACCCGGUUUCGCUUGCCCUAAAGGCUACUACGAAAACUCUGAUGAUAAAUGUGUCCUUCCUGAAUAUUGUGACUCAGCUCCAACCACAACUGAACCUCCACGACAUUUACCAGGAAACAUUGUUGGACGUCCUCGACCUCGACCUCCACCAUUCCCCAUCAAUGAUCCAUCACCCUCAUGGCCAAAUGAAUUCAAACCUCGAAUUGUUGGCAAGGUUUACAGCGACUGUGGCAGUGCUUGUCCUCGAAAGUGUGGUCAAUCUGAAAAACGGGCUUGUCCCUUAAUCUGCGUCCGUGGCUGGUCCUGUCCAUCUGAUUACUAUGAGAACUCACUUGGACAAUGUGUCCUUUUGGAAGAUUUAACAUGGAAACAAUUGUCUAAUUCAUCAUUGCUGAAACAUUUUUUUACUAAAAACUCCAUGAUUAACUGGAAAAGAUUCAGUUUCACUUUGAAAAUCAUGUUCAUCAUAUCAGGAACCAUUGAGGCUAAUGUUCCCAUAGAAAUAUAGAUUAAUUUACCUGGU